AUGGUUCACCUCAGCAACGCCGCAAGGCUCGACGCCGACCCCUCCUCUUCACUCUCGUCCACACCGACUCUCACGCGCUCACACUCUCCCUCCCCUACCCCUUCGUCAGAGCCAGAACUCACAGACCCCAUUCCCCUCCGGAAACACAUCUCAAUCCAAGAUCAAUCCACCCGCCUGUCCUUCAAGCGCAUCCUUACCAUCUAUUUUGGUAUCGGCAUAGCGCUCGUCGUCUCGUUCAUCGAUCAGACGGCGGUGUCGACGGCGGCGCCGGUCAUAGGAACAGAUCUGGGCGGGAGUGAUAGUAUAAGCUGGGUGGGAACGGCUUUCUUUGUCGCCAACUGCGCGCUUCAUCUGGUGUAUGGCAGACUCAGCGACAUCUUUGGGCGGAAGAACAUGCUGCAAAUAGCGAUGUUCUUGUUGGCAUUCGGGAAUCUGUUGUGUGGGUUCGCAAAGACCCCAAUACAGCUGUAUGUGUUCAGGGCGAUCGCUGGUAUGGGCGGCGGAGGGAUCAACGGGAUGGCCAUGGUCAUUGUAUCCGACAUUGUCCCAUUGAAAGACCGCGGGAAGUAUCAAGGCUUCAUCUCCGCCGCCUGCUCUCUCGGAUCCGCAAUAGGCCCAUUCAUAGGCGGCGCCCUCUCAUCUGCAGGGCAAUGGCGCUGGACAUUUUGGCUCACCACGAUCUUCGGCGCCUGCUGUCUCGUCAUUGAUCACUUUAUCCUCCCCCUCAAGCCCGUCUCCGGAAGCAUGACCAAGAAGCUCGGUCAGAUCGACUAUCUCGGAAUAGCAUUGUCGGCCUCGGCGACGGUCUUGCUCCUCGUACCCAUCAGUGGAGGGGGCACGACAUUUGCUUGGUCCUCGCCGACGGCGAUCGUGCUGUUGGUGUUAGGGUCGCUAUGUGCGGUCGGGUUUAUCGUGGGGCAGUGGAAGUUUGCGAGGUUACCUAUCCUCCCUUUACACAUGUUCAAGGACCUCACGACUAGUAUAGUGAUGUUUCAGUCCUUUCUCAUCGGCAUCGUAUACUACGCCAACAUCUACUAUAUCCCUAUUUACCUCCAAUACGUCCUCUCCUACGAUGCCUUCAUGUCUGGCGUCUUCAUUCUCGUCUUUACGUUCCCGCAGACCUUAUGGGCCAUCCUCUCUGGUUUCUACAUCAGCAAGACGAAUCGAUACAAGAUUGUCAUUCUCGUUGGGUCAGGUCUCUGGGCGCUUGGGAUGGGUCUGCAGAUCAUGUUUGGCGCGUCGUCACAUAUCGGCUUCGUGCUGGGUAUACUCCAGCUCCAGUCGAUCGGUAUUGGGUUCUCCUUGCAGACAACGUUGAUUGCCGCGCUCAAUACUACCGCGGCUCCCGAUCGAGCAGUAGUCACUUCCGCCCGGAACUUCUUCCGCACUAUGGGCGGUGCGUUCGGACUAGCCAGUAAGUUCCGCUCUCGCCACCUUGUCGACUUCCUUCCGCCUCGUUCGGUGAUACUGCUCCACUGUCACUUGAAGACGCUGACGCCCAGUCUGUAA